AUGACACUGAGUUUCCAACAGUUUUACGGUGAAAACGUCAACAUUAGACUGCUUUCUUCAGUGGAAAAAGAAGAUCCAAUGACGAACGAAUCUACGUACAAAACUCUGAAGAACAGAAAUUCAAAUGCAGAUUAUAUCGUCCCAAGCUACAAACCUGAUUCUAAUUCAACGAAUGUGGAUCUGCAAAAUCCUGUACAUUCAUCACAUUUCUUCCUCUACUUCAUCAUAGCAUUCUGUAUGAUUUCUCUUGUCCUGGCCCUUGUAUUUCUCGUUGCUUAUAUCAUGAAAAGAGCCAAACUGAACAGGUUGCGCCAUCAUCUUAUGCCUCUUUACAAGUUUGACCCUGGAGAUGACGAACCACAACUGCAAGCUGACCUACUUGAAGAUGAUCGAGACCAACAAAUGAGCAGAUCAGCGAACCAUAUGAAAUUAAAAUUCACAUCUCAGAAUUCAGAUGCAAACAAUAAUGUCUAG